GUUUUUCUUCUACUUGCAAAAACCCAGAUCAGUUUAAUUGUACAAGGAUUCAACAAAGGAAAUAGUUGUUUCUCAUUUUACCUAGCUAGUGUUAGAGACUGGACCCAGUCAUUAAGAGCAGGAGUAGCUGAAGUCAAUGUGGAGCACAGGAGGCAUCAAUCGAGCUGGGGCAGCAGUGCCGACAUUCUUACGGACCCCCACAGUGAUCCAACCCCACUUGGACAUGAAGCCCUUCCUGCAGUUCCCAGUGGAGACCCCCCCUCCUCCACACAGCAUGAGCCUCUUCCACAACUUCAAUACGAUGGACCCGGUGCAAAAGGCUGUGAUCAACCACACAUUUGGAGUUCCUCUGAUCAAGACCAAGCGACCAGUCAUCUCCUGUAACGUCUGCCAGAUCCGCUUCAACUCAGAGAGCCAGGCAGAAGCCCACUACAAAGGGAACCGCCAUGCCAGGAGAGUCAAAGGCAUCGAGACCUCUAAGAGUCGUCCUCAAGAAGGAGACAAACCUCACACCCUGCCCCCCACCUCCUCCCCAUCUCCGCCUGGAGCUCCUGGCACAGCCCCAGACAGUGAGCCCAGCAAAGCAGAUGAAACACGGCCUAUGUCACGGAUAAAUGGACCCUUACUGGCACCGGGGCCCCUUCCACCUCUUCAAACCCCACCUACCCCACCCAUGGACUCCCCUGUGCCAUCAGUGUGCCCUCUCAUUCCCACCCCUACUCCUCCACUGGUCCCCCCGACCUCUUCUUCCCCAGGCUGCGGGAGCAGCCUCACCAACUCAGAGCAGGUUGGAUCAGGAACCCCGGUUUCAGGAGCCGUUGGCAUUUCGGCUUCAAACAGCCCAUCCAACCCAGAGACUGAGGAGGACAAGGCCAAGAAGCUGUUGUACUGCGCACUGUGCAAGGUGGCUGUGAAUUCCUUGUCACAACUGGAGGCGCACAACAAAGGUACGAAACACAAAACUAUCCUGGAGGCACGGAGCGGGCUGGGCCCUAUAAAGGCAUAUCCUCGCCUGGGCCCCAAGCCCAGUGGAGAGCAGGGAGGAGGGCCGGUGGACCCCAACACUCAGGAACGAACCUUCCACUGUGAGAUCUGCAAUGUGCGGGUCAACUCUGAACUGCAACUAAAACAGCACAUAUCAAGUCGAAGGCACCGGGAUGGGAUGGCGGGCAAGCCUAACCCUCUCCUCAGCCGACACAAGAAGCACAGGGGAGCUGAUCUAACGGUAACAUUUUACUGCAGAUUUUUAGCUCCUAUGACAAAGCACACCUGA